GCGCAUCAGUACAGUAGCCGUUCCGCCAAAUAAAUGAUUGCUUUGGGCAGUGCGAGCGCGCGCGGUGUGUCCACUGCAAAUUACAUGCGAGCAUUUAAAGCGAGCUGAUGCUUAGUUAAUUAAAAAAAAAAUUAUAAUAAGACGUCUGGGUUUUCUUCAUCCUUGGAUCUAAUGGCAGCUUCAGUCUCCUGGAAUUGUCGGCUGGUGUUCGUGAUCCGCUGAUAAAAAAAAGAAGAAAAAAAAACCCGCUACAAGUGAGCCAAGCUGUCUUCUUGGCACGGAAAGGCAAAGAAAUAGCCAUGUCUGCGAGAGAAAGAGCAAAGGAAAAGACGACUAAGGACAGCCUUUCCUUGCUGCCAUGCUUCUAUUUUGUUGAGCUUCCAAUCCUGGUGUCAUCUGUAGCCAGUUUGUACUUUCUUGAGUGGACUGACAUUUUUAAACCAGUGCACUGGGGCUUCAGCUGCUUUGACCGCAGUUUGAGUUUACCAUACAUCGAGCCAACGCAUGAAAUUAUCCCUUUCCUCAUGCUCUUCAUCCUCACCAUCGGCGCACCUGCUGUCACGAUAAUGAUUGGAGAAGGCAUUUUGUUCUGCUGGUUGUCCAAAACCCAUAGUGGCCCUGGACCCGAGGCCAACAUCAAUGCUGCCGGCUGCAAUUUUAACUCUUAUAUACGCCGCGCCAUCAGGUUUGUGGGGGUUCAUGUGUUUGGUCUCUGUGCCACUGCACUCAUAACUGACAUCAUCCAGCUGUCAACAGGUUACCCAGCACCGUACUUCCUUACUGUUUGCAAACCCAACUACACAUACCUGAACUCCUCCUGUGAUGAAAACUCUUUUAUUUUGGAAGACAUCUGCUCUGGCACUGACACUGCCACCAUUAAUGCGGGCAGAAAAUCGUUCCCCUCCCAGCAUGCAACCUUGGCAUCCUUUGCAGCUGUCUACAUCUCUAUGUAUUUCAACAGCACUCUGACAGACUCAUCUAAGCUUCUGAAGCCCCUCUUGGUCUUCUCCUUUAUCAUUAGUGCCAUCAUAUGUGGUCUAACACGAAUUAUCCAGCACAAGAACCACGCCAUUGAUGUCUACCUGGGAUUUCUCCUUGGAGGAGGCAUUGCUAUUUAUUUAGGUUUGCAUGCUGUUGGAAAUUUCCAACCCAGUGAGGAGAAGCCAAAGAGCGAACCCCAGGUUCAGGAUACUGUUACGUCCCUGGGUGAGCUGGGUCAGCACGUUGGACAUCAUUUGCCUGCUAAAAGCCGCAGCAGUAGUGAUGGCCUUUCUUCUUCCCACUCAGAUGGUCUUCUUCACCGUAAUCUUCAGACCCGCCAUACUAGAUCCCUUACCAACUUGAAGAGGUCCAGUGCAGAUGUUGAAGUUCCACAACCCCAUAGCCCUGCAGAUAAGGAGAGCAUGGUGACCUUUAGUAACACUCUGCCACGGAUUCACCCACCAACAAUAGAUGAUGGCACAAGGCUCAAUGGAGCAGUCCAUUCGACCUUGGACUCUAGUCGUUCUAAGCAGUUGUUAUCGCAGUGGAAGAGUAAGAAUGAGAAUCGAAAGCAUUUCAUGCAGGCUGUGGAGGCAGCCCUGGGCCAGUGUUCCGUCAGCAGCAUGGAGACUCGCUGUAGCUCAGAACCCUCCACCAUAGGCAUUAAUGGGGAACAACAAGGUCCAGCAGGCUCAUGUCUCAAACUGGCCACUGGUAGUAGCACUUUACCCAGCAACCCUUGUGGUAUUGCUGGAGGUACAAGAAUGUCUGUUCAAUCCAGGCCAGGCUCUUCCCAACUGGUUCACAUUCCAGAGGAGACUCAGGAAGGCAUGAGCACUUCACCUAGAGGUAUUGCCCAGGACAAAUGGCUGAAAAGCAUGGAAAAGAAUGUCAAUGGACAACCACGUGUUGUCCCAGUGAUUGGGAUGUCCAAGCAGCAUGGCCUGUUGCUCACAGGCUCCAGCAGUUCUGAGAGUAGUCACACCAGCUCCACUGCGCCUUUGCACCGUAAUAAGAUCCUAAGUGAGGAGCCUGGUUCAGGGGCUACCACUCAGGGAUCCAUCGUCAGGGUGGAGGCACACCCAGAGAAUGGACGGCCCUUGGUUCAUGCCCACUCAACUGACAGCACCACCUUCUGGACCUGGAAGUCUCAGAACAGCUUGAGACAGUCUUUUGAGCUCAAUGAUCUCAACCGAGACUCAGAGAAUUGUGAUUCUCUUAAGGAUGGCUACGGCUCCACAGACAGAACGAGGAGCAACUCUGUGCUCAAUACAUGUCACAGUGCCAACAGUCCCGCUGUCUCCUCUAUUUCCACUCUAACUAACUCAGUUGGAGAGCCACAUCCUCAUCAAACCGUCUCAACCAUCCGAGUCACCCCUAUUGAGAGCACUGAGACUGGACCGGAAAGUCGCGACUCGACAUUGCGAAGGAAAAGCAAUAUGAUCCUAAUCCCUGAAAGAGGGAACAGCCCAGAUAACACCAGGACCAUUUUUUACAAAGGCACUUCCACCACCCCAGCAUUCAAAGAGUAGACAACAUUUAAUGCCUUGUUACUGUUUAUGUGUCAACAUGAGGUCCAUAUAUGAGGUGUUCAUUUAUGUAUUUUCCACACAUGUACAGUUUGCUGGUGUGUUUUGCACUCUGGAUGACACCAUUUCUUACACUGCAUGAAAUCACUGGUUUAUAAAGUUGUCACAGUGACACAAAAGCACAAACUCAGAACUCUUUCUAUGCUGUUGGCUGUUGUCCUAAUGAAGAAGUACAGUAUAUUGUAGCAUUUAACCCAAUUAUUUUAUUCUAUACACUGUGAAGUUGACCUAGUGCCAAGUCUUAACUAAAACACUGUAUAAAUGUUUAUCAAUCAUUUUUUUAGUUAGUACCCCAGCCCAAAAUAUUUCUCUAAAAUGGGUGCUGUCCUAUUUAGGUAUUCGGGGGACUCAAAAUAGUUUUUUGCGAAAAAGCAUUUAAUGACCAUAAGUGCUUUGAAUAUUUUCUGUAGUUUGUUGUAUAGUCCUUUAGUCAGGGCUGGUGCAUGCUAUUCUGAUGCUUUAGGCAAAACAGAAUGUAGCUGUACCUUCAACCAGUUUGUUGUUUCAAUUUUUUUACACAUAGACGACUAGUGAUUACUGUCUUAUUAGCCAUUUAAUGUGCUUACAGAGUGACAUAGUAAAACGACACACUUUGUGAUAAUAUAGAUGAAUGAUUAUACUGUUUUAAUCAGCCAAUGUUUAAGUGCCACUCUAGGAAAUUGCCCAGUUCACCAGUAAGUAUGCACCGGCCCUGCUUAAAAUACCAUGCACUAUAUUCUCCUACUUGCAAUACUGUUUUCAACAUGGACUUACUUAAUUUGUGUUUCUUGCUCUCAACAGUAUAUUUGCUUCACUUUGCUAUACACAGUGAUUAAAUGAAUACUCCUGGUCUUACUAAGGUAACAACUUUUGUUCAGUAGCAAAUCAAGGUGCAAAAUAGAUCCCUGUCUUCCUUUAAUGUGUGUAAAAGUACCAGGUGCUCGUGAACACACUCUGCUGCUACUGUAAGAUCACUCACAGCCCAGACCUCUAGCUAUGCUGUUCUUAACUCAUUUUUGCACUUGAGUGGACAAAGUAAGGCAGAUGUUACUGUAGCCAAUGCCGUAGAUAUUUCUUUCGUCUAAUGUUUAUUCUUGAACAACGUGGUCCAUUUCUGGAACAAUAUUCAUCUAAGCAGGCCCUUUAUCCAUGUAAGGUAUAUUUCUAUUCAGCCAGAAUAAACAUGUGGUUACUUUAAGAACAAAUAUUUUUAGAUGUAUUUAUCAAAUGUCAUGCCAUAUCCAAAAACUAUUAAAAAAAAAAUAGAAUUAAAUGUUUAUUUUAAUAGACAUGAAGAUGAAUACUAUUCUUUAAACUGAUUUUGCUGUAACUUUUUUAUAAUAUAAAACCAUGUAAAUGUGCCAACGGGUAUUUUAAAGGGAGCGUUCUGUGUUUUGCUAUAGUACUUCUACAACAGCCUGUAUUCUUGUAAUCUGCAUACAGUGUGGCACAGCUAGAGAAUCUGCAUGUUGAUGAUUUGAUAACAAAUAUUGUAUAGUUCUUUUUGUAAAGGAUUAACACAGAAAGUGUAAUUGUUUAUUCUGAAUAUGAAAUGUUGGUGGAAAAAUCUUUCUAAAUGUGUUAUUAUGUUUGUUAGAGUAGUGACCUCAACACUACAGAAGAACGACAACAUUGUGUGCACAUUUAAUUCGAGGAUUGCAUCAAGCAUGUUUGUGAGAUGACUGAGAGGCACUACCCUAAAACACUGUGUUUGUGUUUUAAUCAGGAAAGUGCUGAUAGAUUAGCAGUGUAUGGGAACAAGUCCAGCAGCACUCAUUACACUGGCACCACGAUCUUUUUGGGAGAUACCAUUUUUCUCUUCAUCAGUUGUGCCAGAUCCACAUAAGAAACGGGAUAAUAAAUUGUAGCAGUUUAAAUAAAUGUUUGUUAUUUAGUCCGCA